AUGAGUUCUGAGAUGCCUCAUUUACUAAAAGGAAAAGCCAAAAGAAAGUAUCUCGGCUUUAAUGGAGCAGGAUCUAGGAGCCAUAAGCUGUUGAAAUUCAGGCAGGAGCUGCCAUUCCAAGAAGGCUGCAUUUGGUUAAACAUAGAUGGAGACUUAGAAACAUUAGCCUCCUCCAAUCUCCCUAUGGGGGUUUUCACUAAAAAUCUCUACCACUUCGUAAUUUGCAGUGAAAUGAAACGGUUCUAUCUGAACUCCUUGUGGGAAGACCUUAAGCAGGAGCACAGGAUCCUCUAUUUUGGCAAUCUCCUUAGGGAUGUGAUGGAAGUUCUUAUACUUCAAUUAUUCAGUCAAAUUGGACCAUGCAAAAUCAUGAUUCCAAAUCAAGUCAACUGCAGAAGGGUCAACUCUUCUUGCUUUGUGGAAUUUUAUGAACACAAGGAUGCAGCUGCUGCAAUAGCUGCUAUUCAUGGGAGAAAGUUUUGGGGAAAGGAGGUUAAAGUAAAUUGGACAACUACACCAAGUAGCCAGAAAAAGACAACAACAGAACAACAGAAGAUAUCAAAAGACACACCCAAUCACUUCCGUGUAUUUGUUGGGGAUUUAAGAGUAGAAAUAACAACAGAAGAUAUCAAAUCAGCAUUUACUCCGUUUGGUAAAAUAUCAGAUGCUCAUGUAGUUAAAGCUAUGGCAACUGGAAAAUCAAAAGGAUAACGCUUUGUGCUAUUUUAUUACAAACUGGAUGCCAAAAAUGCAGUUGUGCUUAGUGAAGGUGAGUGUCUGGGAGGUCGUCAGAUAAGAGCCAACUGGGCAUUGUAUAAACCACCUGUUUUUAAAAAUACACAAGAAAAUGAGACUUCCAGGAGAUUUUGGCAGAAUUACAUUGUCACACUGCAUACUUAA